AAUAGUAAACUGAAGAACAAUAUCCAAGAAUCUGCUUCUCAUGAGUUCACAGACUACAGCACCUCCUGUGAAUAAUACUUUUGUGCGUCCACAAAUGUUCUACAUAAGUGGUUUACAUGAUAUACCCUUUGCUAACUGUUUCUAUAUUUUUAUGUUUAUUGUCUACAUUUUUACAGUGUUUUCUAAUGUAUUUGUUAUCUUAUUAAUAUGUUUUGAUCCGAGUCUUCACAACCCAAAAUAUAUUGCUGUUAGUCACUUAGCCAUAUCUGAUUUAUGCACAUCAACGGCUGUCAUUCCUAAGCUAAUAGAGAUGUUUUUUUUUAAUUUCAGUUUUGUAACAUAUGAAGAGUGUUUAGCUGGUAUGUUUUUCGUUCAUUUCUUUAACUCAAUGCAGUCUAUUUCUCUUGUCAUAUUAGCUUAUGACCGGUUUCUUGCCAUAUGCUUACCUUUAAGAUAUCACAGUAUUAACACAAAUGACAGGAUGACACUAAUUAUAUUCUCAGUUUGGUUGUUUUCUGCUGUUACAUUGUCUAUAAUGGUCCUCCUGAUUACCAGACUCAGCUUCUGCAAGUCCACGGUGAUAAACAGUUAUUUCUGUGAUCAUGGCCCUGUGUUUCGCUUAGCCUGCAAUGAUUUUUAUCCAAAUUAUGUCAUGGCUUUUGUUACCAUAGCAUUAUUUCUUUUUGCACCACUUGCAUUCAUUCUCUUCACGUAUGUAGCCAUUGUAUUAACAUUGUUAAAAAUUGCAACUAUGGAGGAAAGACGGAAAGCAUUAAAAACGUGUACUUCACACAUCCUCCUGGUUACAAUGGCUUAUUUUCCAUUGGCAGUUACAUAUGUUGCAGCACAGUUUGUCAGUUCCAAUGCCAGAAUUCUUAAUAACUCAUUGUCUACAGCAAUUCCAUCAAUGAUGAACCCCAUAAUUUAUACGCUGAAAACGGAGGAGAUGAUGGAUUCAAUUAAAAAACUGUUCAAAAGAUCACAAGACAGGCAUGGGAACGAGGGAAAUAUUAAGUUUCUAUCCUGAUAACAAUGUUAGUACAUCAGUUGGUGCAAAAUAAACAUAAUACAAAAUAAAUUAAUACAUUUUACAUUAAUUAUCCAGAUUUUCGUUUCAUAGUAAAUGGUGAAUAUGAAACUGCUUUAUAUGCUUCAUUAUUUGGGUGUAUUUAAUCCAGAUGUUAUUUUGGUAAUAUUCUUGCUUGUGAUGUUUUUUCUCCCCCAUUGCAAAGAAUUUCUCUAACUAAUUGUAUGAAGAGUGCAAACGUAAAAGAGUUUUUGUAAGUACAAAUAAAAG